AUAUAUAUACACACAUACAGUAGGACGUCAACGGUGGGGCCCGUCAAAUCUGGUAAUAUCGAACAUGGCGUCCGCUAGGUUAUCGCCGUAAAUUGAACCAGUGUAUUUAACCCAAGGUUUUAUGAAUAUUUAUUGGGAUUAUUGUGGGCUGACGCGGAGCACCUCGUCCUCGGGGAGGCGUCCAAGCUCCUUAGAAUCCCUCUCAAGUUAUCCCCGUGUCACUUACUCCCAGUGAUGAGCUUACGAAUGGCCGCGUAAACAGAGAAGAGUCGCUUGUGUGUUGGUUGCUGCUGCUAGCUGCUACACCCUGGAUAAAAACUUAACGACGCGACGAUUCCUCACUAUUUCAAAUAAUCACCAGUGUCUAUUCGUAAUUUAUUUACCUGUCAUAUUAUUUUUUUACUUUUACUAAAAAUAUAUUAUUUAAAUAAGUAUGACUAUUGUGAUUAUUAUUAAUUUUAUAAUCGUGAAAAUUAUUCAGCAGAUAAAUUGUUUUUGAAAACGGAGUGGCAAGAACUGGAUUUUAUAAAUUUUAUCAACAUUCUCAUAUUAUUUGAAUUUUUAAAAAAAAUUUUUUAAAUUAUCGCUGAAUGUGGAAUUAUAAUUUGUGCAAUUUUUGUUUUUUAAAUUUAUUUUAUCGUGGCUAAGUAUUACACUAAUAAUUUUUUAACUAUCAUCUGUUCUGUUAUUUUAAAAAUUAUUUUUCAUAACUUUUUGUUAUUGUUAUAGAUUUAUUUUAAUUAUUAUAAAUAAUGCAAUAAAAUAAUAAUUAUUGUGAUUUUUAAAAUUUAACUUUUGUGCAUUUAAACGUGGCAAUUUUGUGUCGUGCUAAUGAAGAACCUUCUCUUGAUAAAAUAAACAUAAAAGUAAACAAAGCUUUAUAUUGGUAAUUAGUGAAGAUUUUAUUUUCACUUGUCAUAUGCAGGUAGCAAUAUAAACAAAUAAUAAUAAUAAUAAUAAUUAUGGUGAAAAAUGUGUUGGAUGAUAAAAAUGAGUAAUAAAUAAUUAUAAUUAUUAUUGUAUUACACGGAUAAUUAAAUGAAAAUCUAAAUAUAAGUAUUCGAAGAAAAGCUGUUGAGCCAUAUGCCGCCAGCCGGGCUUUCGGCAAAAGGUUUGUGUGCAUUGAUGGACAACGGACAACCUGAUGCUCGUCAUCGGAGCGAGCGCUACUUGUAUGCAGAGAAUGGCUCGUCUCAGCCCAACACACCAAGUACUGCUGCAUCUUCACCGAGGUACCAAAACUCAACGAGAGAUAACAACUAUUCCACUAGCUACGGGUAUUCGUACGGACGCACGUCAAGUAACAACAUGUCUGAUAGCAGCGUGUCGGAUACACACAGCGGUGGUACUGCCAGGACAGUUUCUCAGCAAACAAGUCCAUCUCACGCGACUCUCUCAUCGUCUCACUCGCGACAGGACAACAGCGCGACAUUGUUCACAGCAUUGUUUGAUUAUCAUGCAACGUGCGAAGACGAAUUAUCUCUGCAACGUGGGGAAACAGUUGAAGUACUGUCUAAAGACUCGAAAAUAUCCGGGGACGAGGGCUGGUGGACGGGUAAAAUACGAGGACAAGUGGGAAUUUUCCCCGCGAAUUUCGUCGCUGAGGCUGAGUGCAUUGACAGGGUGUCGUCGGUGAUUGAUAAAGUUCAUCCUGUUGAGAUUGAUUUUAAUGAAUUGCAACUGGAGGAAGUUAUUGGAGUUGGUGGUUUUGGUAAAGUGUAUAGGGGCUUUUGGCAGAAACAUGAAGUUGCAGUAAAAGCAGCACGACAAGAUCCAGAUGAAGAGAUAAGUGUGAUAAAAGAAAAUGUUCUUCAGGAAGCUAAACUAUUUUGGUUGCUAGAGCAUGAAAAUAUCGUUCAAUUGGAAGGUGUUUGUUUGAAGGAACCAAAUAUGUGUUUGGUUAUGGAAUAUGCACGAGGUGGUAGUUUGAACAGGGUACUCAGUGGUCGUAAAAUACGGCCUGAUGUACUUGUUGACUGGGCUAUACAAAUUGCCAGAGGAAUGGACUACCUUCAUAACAAAGCACCCAUUAGUCUUAUCCACAGAGAUCUUAAGAGUUCUAAUGUGUUGCUGAGCGAGCCAAUUGAAAAUGACGAUCUCCAGUAUAAGACAUUAAAGAUAACGGAUUUUGGAUUAGCGCGAGAAGUUUACAAAACGACACGAAUGUCUGCUGCGGGAACGUACGCGUGGAUGGCUCCGGAAGUUAUUAAGCAGAGUACUUUUAGUAAAGCCAGUGAUGUUUGGAGCUACGGUGUAGUUUUAUGGGAACUUUUGACUGGUGAAGUUCCUUAUAAAGGUAUCGACGCAUUGGCUGUAGCUUACGGAGUCGCUGUCAAUAAGUUAACUCUACCUAUUCCUUCGACGUGUCCACAACCUUGGAGAUAUCUCAUGGAAAUUUGUUGGACGUCUGAUAGUCACGGACGCCCGGGUUUCAUGGAAAUCCUUGACUUACUGGAUGAAGUAAGAAGUGCAUUUGCAGCAACACCUCACGAGUCGUUUCAUACAAUGCAAGAAGACUGGAGACUUGAAAUAGAAGAGGUUCUUCAUGGGUUGCGCAUGAAGGAAAAGGCAUGUCGUUCUCUUGAAGAAGAAUUGCGCUGCAGAGAAGAAGAACUGACGAAAGCUCAAGUGCAGCAGAAACAACAAGAAGAAAACCUUCGGCAGCGUGAACAAGAGUUAGCAGCACGUGAAAUAGAUCUGUUGGAACGUGAGCUCACUGUGAUGAUUAUUCAACAACAGAGUACUCCUACGCCUAAUAAAAGAAAAGGAAAAUUCAAGAAAUCUAGAUUAAAACUCAACAAGAAAGAACCGGGUAGUAAUAUCAGUGCACCUUCAGACUUCCGACACACAAUAACUGUUCAGCAUACAGCUCUCGAUCGUGGAAAAAAUCGAAAUCCAUCGAGACCAAAUAGUCCCCCGGGUUCACCGAGUAUUCCACGACUUAGAGCGAUAGCUUGCCUUUCUGAGGAAAACAUCCACUCUGCUCAUUACUCGACGCUGCCGACGGACGCCUCUUCAGAAUGGAUGACAAUGGAGUAUCCGCCAAAACCUGGACUAACUGGUCCCUAUGUAAUGCCAAUGCCUGUACCAAUGCCGACACUGUACAAUGGAGAAGCUAAAAAACCAAAGCCCGGGAUAAUUGAACUGGUACUUUAUAAUAUAGCAGCAAUGCUGGCCGGUGUUGCUACUGGCUAUGAUGUUAAAAUGUCAAAUGUAUCACCGAUUCAUCCGCGAUUGUAUCCAAGAAUUGCUGAUAGCGAUGAAGAACCAAAUCGGUAUUGGUUUCAAGCUGACACCGGUUCGAAUCGUAAUUCAGGAUAUCUUGGAGCUGAUUAUGAAUUCAGUUCACCUAGUGGUUAUCCACACAAUACUUAUCAUGGUCCGGCAAGACACUACAGGCCGUUUUUAAGCAACAUGGGAGGUAUUGCUCCAGGUCUUCCUUUAAAUAUAAUUGAUAAGCCACUUCGUUUUACCGAUUCACCCCAGCACUAUGCUGUAAAUAGUGGCUCGAAUGUACCAACACCGAGCCCCAGGCGUAAAAGCUCAAGCACAAGCAAUGAAGAAGCUUAUCCAUCUGAAAAUUUACGUAUGGACAGAAUAGAAAGGGUGCCCACUAUUUAUAUGGGUAAUGUUCCGCCUUAUCCUGAUUACGGGCCACCAAUGUACACCAUGAUGCCUCCGGAGUAUUACAGACCACCUGAGUCUAGUUACUUCGUUCCUACAGAUUAUCAUGACUCUAACAGAAUGCUAGAGUGUCCUGAAUUUCCUCAUGCCUACGACAAUCCAAGUAACGUUAAUAGUUUAGUAAGACCAUCAUCACGAUUACCCAAUUAUACGCACCACCGUACAUCGUCGAAUGUCUCGACAGCCAGUACGUCAAGUCAAAGUAACAUAAAUCCAUCAUUCCGACUGGACGACGAGUCUGACUAUGCUCUGUACUCACCGACCCACUAUUAUCAGAGAACUGGAAACGUACUCAGUAAUAUGGGAUCUGCUUACAGCACUGGUGUUAAUCAUGACUACAAUACCGCAUCACCUCAGUACCUGACACGACAAAAUUCACACGACUCAAAUCCAAAUUCUAGUGAUCGUCCGAGCAAUCUUGAAGUCGUAACAAGGCUACGCUCGAGUUUAAAGAGAUCAAAUUAUUCGUACAAUUCACCAAAGAGUACGAGUAAAAAUAAUUCUGGAUCGGGUACUCCGACAAAUCCAACGCCGCCUGAUUCACUAACAUCUGAAGACUCGAGUUAUGUUUCAGCUAAAGACAGUCAAAUAUCAAUAGGUCGGGUACGUUUUUCCCCGGUUACAUUUGACCGUGAUCGGGAUCGCGAUCGUGACAGUUUAUCAGCAUCACGUGAUCAUCGUGAUGCGCUACUUGAUUUACCGAUUCAUGCUCAGGGAUCAGAAGUUGGUACGUCACCAUUGCAAUCAUCACGAAGACAUAGUAGUAGAAAUCGUAAAUCAAGUAUAUCAGAACUGGAACGUGAAUUUUUAUCAUAGCAUUGGCUUAUUUAAAUACCAUAAAUUGAUACUCUGUGUACUUAAUUAUUUAAUUGAUGUAUAUGUGAUCUAUCUUAACUGCGAGUUAACAUAAGUGAGCGACUGAGUGAAUUAAUUAUUGAUUAAAUUAUUUUAAUUUACGGUGGAGUUCUCCAACACUGCCUACUAUCACUGAUAAUUAUGAGGGAACGUUUUAUGGAAUUUAAUUUAAUUUAAAUAACCAUAGCUAGUAUUAUUACUACAGUAAAAUAAUAAUGAAAAAAAAUCAAAUUUAUCAUUUACAUUCCAUUUGCGUGUAGGCUCGUCUUUUUUUAUGUAAAAAGUAACGAGUAGUUCUGACACUAGAUGGCAGGAUACAUGAAUCAGUUGGUUGUUUCUCGCACGUGCUCUUCGUACAGUAUCUGUAGAAAUAUGAUGCCGUAACUAUAUGAUAGUUAGGGUUGUGCAUUAAAUUUAUACAUUUAUAUUUUAUUUAUAAGAAACGAGUCAUAGCAGCAUUUAUGCAAUUUUUUAUGAGACUAAAAAAGAAUAUUCCUUUUAACAUUCCGUACUGUUUUAUAAUUUUUACUUUUAUUCUUUAAUAAUCAUUCCUGUGUGUAUGAAUUUUUAUUUACCCGGAGUUCACUCGCUGCCGCUAGAUGGCUGCGGCGUGAAUGUUUCUCGCGUGUGCUCUGCGUACGGGUAGAAAAUAUUUGAAUAAUUUCAAAGUAAUGCGACUAUCAGCAGCAAAAAUUGUAAUGCAGGUAAUUGUUGUGUGGAUACGUCACUGUAAUUUGAAGUUGGGUAUUUUAAUAUAAAUUAUAACUCAGGUUACGGAAACGUAUUUGCAGACCUGCGUAAUACACUAAAGUAUUAGUACUAUUUUGAAUAAAUAUUUUUUACUUUGUAUGUUAAUUUAACAUUUUGUUAAACGACAAUCCUUGUGUGUCUGAAUGUUUUUAAUCAUGGAAACUCUUAAGUACUUUAAUGUAUUAAUUAUAUUUGUAUUUAUAAUAAUUAAUUUUUAAUUUAGUUAUUAAAAUCAAAAAAUAUUCUCUAAUCACGUGAAUGAUAUGUAAGUGCAGAGGAUUAUCUCAGAAUUAUUAUCAGUAUUUUAUAAUACAUCGGAGUGUGUAUAAGAAAAAAAUAUGAAACAAUGUAAUGAAUGCAAAAAAUAACAUAUUUACAAUUUAUAUGGAGGGAAGUGACAAGUUCUUGUAAUUAAGAAAAAUAUCAUCGAAAAUGUAGUCUACGCGACUGUUUAAAUAAUCCAUGUAAGAAAAAGGUUUUUUGAAAACAUUACACAUGUGGAAAAUCAAAAUUUUUUACAAUUUAGAUUUUUUGAUAAUUCAAGAGUAGAAAUGCUGAUGAAUUUAAUAUCUUUAUGGAUUUAUUUGAACUCUUCUGAGAUAUUUUUAAAAGAUUUAUUUUAUUAUUUUUUAUUACUUAGUAAUAAUUUUAAAAAAAAGGAAUUUUUGACAAAGUGAAAAAGUGUUGAGGAAAAAUACGAAACUGAUAAAUUUUUCUGAUAUUGAAUUUUUUAAAAAUUAUUAAAUUUUCAUGGGUAAUUCCUGAUUAAACAACUGAAUUCGAUCGAAUUACACAGAAUUGAAUUUUUAAUUCUAUAUAAUUCAGAUAAAUUCUGUUUAUUCGGCAGAAAAAACCAGAAUCUAUCCAAAUUGAAACAAAUUUAAAUAAUUCUAUUCCCUUUAAUUCGAAAAUAAUUCUCAAAUUUCUGGUUCUGACUCCGAAUUAAACUGAAUAAAAACAGAUUCCAAAUUUUUAAAUCAGUUUUAUUCUGUUUAAUUCGAAAAUUAUCCUUGAAUUCUGUCUUACCGAAUUUAACAGAAUAUAACAAAAUUUUAAUUUUCAAUUGUUGAAUUCUGUUUUGCAGAAUCCGACAGAAUUGAGCAGAAUUAAAAUUUUUAAUUAGGUCGAAUUCAGUUGUUUAAUCAUGGAUAUUUUCUUAACUUUUUUUUUACAUGGAAAGUCUUAGAAAAAAAAAAACCAGUUAGCACAAUUUAAAUUGUAAAGUAUACUGAGGUUUUAAAAUAAUUUUAUUUAACAUUUUAAUUUAAAUAAACAAUAAUUUUAAAAAACCCUCCUUUUUAAAAUGAAAGUUGUUGAGCCCUUAGAAAUUUUUUUUGGCAGCAAAGUUAAAUAACUGCCCGUAUCUGCUGUACAAAAAUAUUUUGCGGUGCUAGUAUCGUGUACUUAAAUUUAUAAAUGUAUAAGAAGACGAAUGAAAAGAAAAAAAAAGUAAUAAUAAUAAUAAAAUAUAAUUAAUGAAAUCAUUUAAACAAAAAUGCUUCCAUGAUAAUCGAAACUUAUAAAGUUUUUAUAGAAAAUAUGAGAUGAAAGGUAACGAUAAUAAUAAAUUAAUAAUCGAUUUAUUAAUUUAUGUAUUGAAAAAUAAAUUUCUUAUUAUUCUAAUCAUUAAUCCGGUGAUAGUGCUAACAAUUUUAAUAAAAAAAAUUAAUGAAUUAUAAAUGAAUAAUUAAAUAAAUAAAGAUAAAGUAAUUAUAUGUAAUUGGUAUGCGAUGCAGCUAACGAUGUAAAAUUGUUGUGUAAUGGCAUUUAAUUGCCAAAAGUGCUAGUCUAAGCUAUAUUUAUUAUUUUUUUUAUAUUUUAAACAAAAUAAUGUAUUAAAACAAACAAACAAAUUAUUAAAAAAUAUUAACGUAGUCUAUUUAAAGUCGUCUGUCGAUUUGAAUAAAUAUAUAUAGUAAUUAUUAAUUUUUUAAAUACUCAAAAAGACUUAUUUGCAAUUUCUCUGUAUAAUAAUUCAAAAAAAUAAAAAAAAAAUAAAUAAAUAAAUGAUACAAAAAAAUAAAAAAAGAUGAUAAUGAAAGUGUGAAUGUGCCGAAUGAAUAAUAAUUCAUAAAAUAAAUAAAAAGUUGAUUAAAAAAUAAUAAAAUACAAAACAAAGCCUCACCAUGAAGCCUCACUCUGUUAAUUUGCACCCAUGCAAUAAAAAAUUUAUUCUUAGAUUCUUUGCUGUAAUAUAAAUAAAUAAAUAAAUUAAUUUAGUGAUUAAUAAAUCAAUAAGUUUCUUGGAAUAAUUAGUCAACGAUUUAGCCCAAAAAAAAUUUAUUUAAAAUAUUAAGUAAUGACCAAAUUUAAAUUAAACAAAUUAUAUUUCCAUAGAGAAAAAAAGUUUAUUAAUUAAAAAAAAAUUAAGUGUCACGUUCGCGAAUAUCAAUCGACAAUUCUUCCAUGUAAAAAAAAUUCGUUCUAAAAAGUUCGACCUGUGGAAGUUCUAAAUUUGAGGCAAAUUUGAAUUCGAGCGGAACUUUUUUUGAACUUUUGUAAAUUUUAUAGUAGAAAAAAAAAGAUCUAUGACUUUAUACCCGCGAAUUUUGAAUUAAAAAUGGACGUUUUUGAAAAAGUUAAAAAAUUUCUAAUUUGGAACUUAUGAACUUUUUAAUUCUGACGGGUCGAUUUGUUUCUAAUGAGAACUUUUUUAGAAUGCGGGUAAAAAGUUUAUAUAAAAUCCACGGUAAAUUUUUUUUUUUUACUAUAAAAAUUCAAAAGUUUAAAAAAAGUUCCGCUCGAAUUUCUAAUCUGUCUUAAGUGUAGAAGUUCCAAAGUCAAAAUUUUUUGGGAACGUUUUUUUUUUUCACAAGGAUAUUAAUGUAUCAUUUUUUAAAAUUGCUGAUAUUUAUUAAAAGAAGAAAAUGAAAUGGUAAAAUAAAUAUAUAAACACCGGUUUUUUUUAAAUAUAUGUGGCAAUUAUAUUCAUACUGCAGAUAAAUUAAUUAAUAAAAUUAUUGAGAUAAUUACCUAAGAAAAUUUAUUGUUAAGCCGUUAAGUGCAAUGUGUUCCACUUGUAUAUUUAAAGAUAAUGACAAAGAUUGAUAAAAAAGACGUAAUUUUAAUUUUAAAAAUAUAUAUUAAUUAUAAAAAUGAUAUGUAAUAUUGACUGCUUUCGGAAUGCGCCUUAAAAAAAAAUUAAUGUAUAAAUUAAUGCGUCGGAUUCACACAUACUAUCAAUUAAAUAAUAAUUGAUAAAUUAAAAUUAAAAAAAAAUUUUUUGGAAUUCAAAGCGAACAGUACACGUUUUUUUUUAAUUUUUCUUUUUUAUUUUUAAUUAAACAAAGAGAAAGACAGUAUUUGCUGAUACAUAAAACGAUGAAUUUAAGUAAAAAGUAUUAUAUAAAAAAUAAAAAUUAAUUUAUUUAUUUAUAAUAAAAAUUUGACUAAUGCUGUCUGGAUCUGCACUAAAAAAUCCAUGUAUUUUAUUUUCGAUUUAAGAUUAUUAGGUAUAUUAAUUAGUAUUACAAAAAAAAUAAUAAUAAUAAUACAGUAUCUUUAGAAAAAAUUUUUGAAUGAGCAAAAGAAAUAUUUUAUAC